CGGCCCGGCCCGGUAUCCGGGUAAGAUGGCCGCAGUCGGCGAGUGCUCGCUGCCCGCGCCGUGGCGGCCGGUCUCCCUCACUCACGUCGAGUACCCUGCAGGUGAUUUCUCUGGUCAGCUUUUAGCUUAUUUGAGUCUUGGUCCAAUAUUCAUUAUUGUUGGCUUUGUAACACUCAUCAUAUUCAAGAGAGAGCUUCACACGAUCUCUUUCUUGGGAGGGCUGGUGUUCAACGAGGGAGUGAACUGGUUAAUAAAAAAUGUAAUCCGGGAGCCUCGGCCGUGUGAAGAAGCCCAUUCAACAGUGACCACAAAAUAUGGGAUGCCGUCCAGCCACUCCCAAUUCAUGUGGUUUUUCUCUGUCUAUUCCUUUCUGUUCCUUUAUUUAAGAAUGCACCAAACAAACAAUGCGAGGUUUCUGGAUUUACUAUGGCGACAUGUGCUGUCCAUCUGCCUCGUCACAGUGGCUUUGCUAGUCUCAUAUAGUAGGGUUUAUUUGCUUUACCACACCUGGAGCCAAGUCCUAUAUGGAGGUGUGGCAGGAAGCAUUAUGGCCAUAGCCUGGUUUGCCUUCACACAAGAGAUCCUAACUCCUCUCUUCCCGAGGAUAGCUGCGUGGCCAAUUUCAGAGUUCUUUUUAAUCCGAGACACCAGCCUCAUUCCCAACAUCCUGUGGUUUGAGUACACAGUCACGAGAGCAGAAGCAAGGAACAGACAGCGCAAGCUGGGAACGAAGCUCCAGUGACGCGGGAACGCAGGACCAGAGUUUUAACGGAGACAGACAAGAGCAGAGACCUGGGAGCAGCAAAGGAGCCUUUAAACAGACGGACCAAAGGAACAGGCAGGGACCAUACCCAAAAACCUGAAAGCCUUUGCUCUGCUUUAGCAGCUAAGCUGGAUUGCUCCCUGAUGCAUGUGGGACCGUGCAGGAGUAGAAGCUCAUUUCCAACACAGAUGCACAUUGCCGGUCGAAUGUACCAUCCUGUCUACGUCAGGGGAGGGGGGAGGAAAUGCCUGGUGUCGUGUUCGGGGGAGGGAAAACCAAAAAUGAAUCCUUUCUGUGACUUUUUUUUUUUUUUUUUUUCAGCAUGAAAUAUACACACUAUUUAUUUAUUUUUUUAAAUGGAACUAUUGUUUUUGGGGCGGGUGAGGCGUUGAUUGUGUGUUCUGGUUUUUUUGCCUUUUUUUUUUUCGGGUUUUUCUUUUUUGGAAGAAGAUGACAAAACUAAUCUCAAGUGGAUCAUGUUUAAUUAGGGCUUUUAACUCUUACAAACUUCUUAGGAGGGAGGGGAACUAGGAUGGGGUGACCUAGAUGGAAGGGAGAGGAAGACUUUCCUUUCUGCAACCAGUUUGGGAGAUCAAAAUCAAUUCCAACUGCACUUUGUACAGACAGAAAGACAGACUAUAAAGAUCUGAUUUUUAACACUAGUGACAGUUCUGCAGGGAAGCCUGCACGGAUACCAAUUAAGGGGAGUGUGUGUGUAAAACAAAGGAAAACCACAAAUAUACUGACUCUUAUUUUUUUU